UUGAUUCCUCUGCUCUCACUGCAGCUCCCAAAACCGGAGAGAGAGCGCCUUCACUGUCCAUUUUCACUCUCCAAUAUUUCAAAGUACAAAACAAAAACACAGGAAACAGAAACACAAAAAAAACUUAGGGUUUAUUUUCUAUUUUUUAGGUUUUUCUUCGUGUAGGCGAUGUCAAGUCUCCAUCGAUCCUCAAGCGCGCCGUAUAAAAGCGGCGGCCUUCCUCCUCAAGAACCUCUAGACGAUCUCUGCAGUCGGUUUGUGUUAAAUGUGCCAAAGGAAGAUCAACAAUCAUUUGAGAGGAUUUUGUUUCUUGUGGAGUACGCACAUUGGUUCUACGAGGAUAAUUCAGUGGAAAAUAAUCCAUCACUGAAAUCAUUCACUUUGAAGGAGUUCACUUCUUUACUUUUUAACAGUUGUGAUGUAUUAAGACCUUAUGUUGCUCACAUAGACGACAUAUUCAAGGAUUUCACUUCUUACAAGGUUCGAGUUCCAGUAACGGGGGCAAUCAUUUUGGAUGAAACCUAUGAACAAUGCAUACUAGUGAAGGGAUGGAAAGGGUCAAGCUGGAGUUUUCCACGUGGAUAAAAAAACAAAGAUGAGGAAGAUCAUACAUGUGCUGUCCGAGAAGUCCUGGAGGAAACAGGUUUUGAUGUUUCAAUGCUUCUUAACAAAGAUGUGUCCAUUGAACUGAUAUUUGGACAGCAGAGGGUGCGGCUCUACAUAAUUGCUGGUGUCAGAGAUAAUACUUUCUUUGCCCCUCAAACGAAAAAGGGGAUCAGUGAAAUUGCAUGGCAUCGGCUUGAUGAUCUUCAGCCAGCUACUGAAGAUGUGAUAUCCCAUGGGAUCACUGGUCUGAAGCUUUACAUGGUGGCUCCUUUUUUGGCAUCUUUGAAAAAAUGGAUUUCAGCACAUAAGCCCCCAAUUGCUCCAAAACUUGAUAUGCCUCUCAAAGGUUUCCCCUUCUCCUUUUCCUGUGAAAUUUUGAUUUUGGUAGAAUAUUAGUAUUAGGUUUUAUGCCAUGGAUUGGAAAGAGGGUGGAAACUGUAUAAUGAUAUGACAAGUUAUAAAUGUAUCUCUCAUAUUCCUCGAGGGUGAAAAUUAUAUGAUGGUAUAACAAGUUAUAUAUCCAUCUCUCAUAUUCCUCAGGUACAUGUAUUAGUUCAUUUGAAAAACUCUAAUUAAGUCAAACAGAGUUGUGUCCAUCUUUGUUACUAAAAAUAUGUUAGACUGUCAGCUGUCUUUAUUUUAUUUUAGCUGUAACUUCCAAUGACAGAUCAUUGCAUCUGUCCUAGAGUUGGCGUUUUGUGUA